UGCUUCCGUCCGUCCUCCCUUGUUGAGCGUUAGUAGUACUUCGUAGCUUGGUUGGUUGUGCUUUGCUUGCUUCGGUUUUGGUCUUUUUUUUCAGUUUUUUUUUUUUUUUGCUCUCCAUGUUGUGUUGAUCUUUUUGAGCGCUGUCGCAGCAAUCUCCAGCGUCCUGUUUUCCUGCGAAAACGCCGAUCAACAGCACCCCAGCCAUGCCAGUCGAGAGCUAGCCGUGGUCAAGGUUGAGAACGAUACCUUGAUACCCCUCGAUACUUCGACACCAACCCCCCAACCUACACGAGAGCUCCUCCCGGGCAUUGGCUCCCCGCGACCAAGCCAACCGCCGCCAACAUGCUCCGCCUCAGACGAUACCGCGUGCUGCUGGUCUGCGCCUUUGUCAUUACCGUGCUGCUCUACCACGUCUCCAAGAAUUCACAAUGGGAUCACUCGAGGGAGAUAUGGCACGGCAAGACGGGUACCAAUACACAGACAGGACCAGACUCCCCGCCCGUGCCGGAACCAGAACACGACCACGAUCACGACCACGAUCAUGACCACGACUAUGACCACGACCGCGAUCACGACCAUAGCCACGACCGUGACCCUGACGGGCCGCAAAAACCGCAGCACAACCCCCCUCCGGUCCCACCCCUUUUGCCGGACCCGGAACCCACCAUCAAGAUUCAUCAACUCAAGACGGCCGACGGGGAGAAAGGGGGCUACGGCCUGCCCACCAAGGCGGCGACUGUGCCGGAUAGGGAACCGCCGUCUAACCACGACGGGUACCAGAAGCAAAACGAGGACGCUGGAAUACAGGAGCCCGAACCUACUGCUACCUCUACAGUCAUCCACUGGAAGAAGCCUAAGGAGUGGUUCCCCGUGCCCGAGGAAUCAAUCAUACCGCUUCCCACCGGCAAGCCCAAGUCUAUUCCCCAGGUGCAGUUCGCUUUUGCCGAAGAAUCGCCCGCCGCCAAGGAGCAGCGUCAUGAGCGUCUGGCCAAGAUCAAGGCCGAGGCCGAGCACGCCUGGUCUGGCUACAAGAAGUACGCCUGGACCCACGACGAGCUCACCCCCGUUACCAAAAAGUCCAAGGACCCCUUCUGUGGCUGGGCUGCAACCCUGGUCGACUCGUUGGACACACUCUGGAUCAUGGGCAUGAAGGAUGAGUUCGACGAGGCCGUGGAGGCCGUCGGGGACAUCGACUUCACCACGACGCCCUACCGGAGUGAUAUACCCGUCUUUGAAACCAUCAUCCGGUACCUAGGCGGUAUGGUUGGUGCCUACGAUUUGACCGGCAAAGACGCCAAAUACAGCAUCCUGUUGGACAAGGCUGUUGAACUUGCCGAGAUUCUUAUGGGCGUCUUCGACACGCCGAAUCGCCUGCCCAUCCUUUACUACCACUGGAAGCCCUCUUACAACGAGGCCCCGAAACGGGCAUCCGUUAACUCCGGUGUGGCCGAACUCGGUUCUAUGAGCUUGGAAUUCACCCGCCUAGCUCAGCUCACCGGUCAACACAAGUAUUAUGACGCGAUCGCCCGCGUCAUGAACGCCUUCGAGGACCUCCAAAACCGCGAGCACGCCACCGCCAUCCCCGGCGUUUUCCCCGAGCACCUAGAUGCUUCUGGCUGCAACAAGAGUGCCCCCUUGCCGCCUAAAGUGGAGAGCAGCAGUAAGCCCGCGCAGGGACAGGCCGACAAUGAUGAUUUGCGGCGCGCCCCUGAGGGAGGAUACGAAGUCCGGAAUGCAGGGGACCCUACAGACACAGACGCCGAGGUCGACACAGGGUUCCACCCUGGACCGCAAAAGCGAGAUGCUUCUUCCAAUAGCUAUCUGGCCUCGUCCGAUCCAAACGGACUGCCCGACGGCUGGGAGUGUGUCCCUCAGGAACUAGUGGGCUCGGGCCGGGGAGGAAGCGGCUCGUACAGCAUGGGCGGCAGCCAGGACUCAACGUACGAGUACUUCCCCAAGCAGUACCUCAUGUUGGGCGGACUCGAGAACAAGUACCGCACUAUGCACGAGAAGACCGUCGAUGGUGUGAACGAACACCUUCUUUUCCGUCCCAUGGCGGAGGGCGACCCGGACAUCCUCUUCUCCGCCAAGGGGUACACCCCGGACGGCACCAUCGAGAAGAUGAGCUACGAGUGGGAGGUCACGCACUUGACCUGCUUCCUGGGCGGUAUGUUUGGCCUUGGUGGCAAGAUUUUUGACCGUCCCGAGGAUGUCGAGAUCGGAAAGAAGCUCGCGGACGGCUGUGUUUGGGCAUACGAGUCCAUGCCCGCUGGUGUCAUGCCCGAGUACGCGAAUCUCUUCCCGUGCAAAGAUCGGAACGACUGUCACUAUGACCAGGCCGCGUGGCAUGCCGCUCUAGAUACCAUGGCCGGGUCGCGCGAGACGCAGAUGGCCGAGUAUUAUGUCAAGCUGGCCGAGUGGAAGGAGGAAGUGGAAGAACUCAAGAAGGAGCACGCGCUGCGGGAACACGCUGAGGAGCGGAAGCGCCAGGCGGACGCCCAGAUGAAGGUUGCUGCCGAAGCGGCCCGGACGAAGCUCCCGGAGCAAUCCGAGGGCUCUGUGUCCGAAUUGGAAGAGAAAGACACAGUAGCAGCAUCAAAUCCCCAGAAGCGGGAUACCCUGGAGGACCGCGAGGUCUCCUCCGAUGCCACUUCCACCGAGGAGAAGGCCAAGAAGCUGCAGAGUAGCCUUGGCCCCAGCUCCAGCGGCGAAGAUGCUUCGGACCAAAAGCCCAUAAACGAGCUCGUCCUACCACCCGCGCCGAGCAAGCCAGCCACACACCAGGAAUACGUCGAGGAGCGCAUCAAGAACGAGCACAUCCCGUCUGGCUUCGUCAACGUCAGGGAUGGGCGGUACAUUCUCAGACCAGAAGCGAUCGAGUCCGUCUGGUACAUGUACCGCAUCACGGGCGACCCGUCGUGGCAGGAGAAAGGGUGGCGCAUGUUCGAGGCCGUCGUGCGCGCCACCCGCACCGAGGCCGGCCACAGCGCCAUCCGCGACGUCACCGCCAAGGAGCCCGGCGACCCGGCCCACAUGGAGGACAGCAUGGAGAGCUUCUGGCUCGCCGAGACCCUCAAGUACUUCUACCUGCUCUUCGAGACCCCCGACGUCCUGUCCCUGGAUGAGUGGGUGCUCAAUACCGAGGCGCAUCCUUUCCGCCGGCCGACGUGAUGGUUGCUUCGUUGGCUGUUGGGUGGUUGGUAUUGGGUUUUGGGUCUCUCUUUUUGGAUGUCAACGGGAUUGGAUUGGGUGGGUUGGGAAAGGGUCUAUUUAUUUAUUUAUUUCGGAAUGGAGAGAGCAUGGUUCCUUUUCGCCGGAGACACAUAUUUGCAUAGGAGGGACGCGAGUGUUCACAAGUAUCAUGGCUUUGGCACGGCGAACGACGGCGUUGUUGGGUUGGUUUGUUUAGGGGCCGCCGACGGUUAUACCCGCAAGUAUAUACGGGAGUGGUUUAUAUUGGCAUCAGUUGUGAGUUCGAAGAGUAUCAUUGCCUGCUACUAAUCCGAAACAUGGGGUUCAAUUACAUUCUGGGACACAUGUACUAAUGACAACA